AAUAUAAAUAUUCAAACACAUGUUAGCCGAAUUCUUAACAAGAAUCAAUAGAACAAUUUUUUCAAUCGCGUAGCCUUAUAAUCUUCUUGUGUGAUGAAUAAGUAAAGUGGAAUAGAAUGAGAAAGUGCGUGCGGUUUCUGGGGCAUGCUUCGUCACCACCAUUCACCAAUCUUCCCGCGGAUUUUGAACUCCUCAUUUGGCAGCGUGCAGCAUCAACAUGUUCACCGCAGCAACCAUCCCCAACCCCAGAAGCCCCAAUUUCCGUUUCCUCCAAAACCCGAAUGCGACGAGUCUCUGCUCCUCCACUACCUCUCCAACGGGUUGCACCACGAGGCCCAAAACCUCCUCCAAAACUCCUCCGAAGGGGACCUUCACACGCGCGUCGUUCGCUGGACCUCCCUACUCUCCAGCUUCUCCCGCCACGGUCAUGUGCCCCAAGCACGCGCACUGUUCGACAUAAUGCCCCACAGAAACCUCGUCACUUUCAAUGCCAUGUUGUCCGCGUACCUCGGCUCCGGCAUGCUCCACGAGGCUUUCCGCUUCUUCCGGGCCAUGCCGGAGAAGAACGUCGUAUCCUGGACCGCCAUGCUCGGUGGGUUAGCCAACGCGGGCCGGAUCGACGAUGCGAGGAAGGUGUUUGAUGAAAUGCCUGAGAGGAAUGUCGUUUCGUGGAACACCAUGGUGGCGGCGUUGGUUAGGAGUGGGGAAUUGGAGGAAGCGAGGGUGGUUUUUGAAGAGAUUCCUUUUAAGAAUGUGGUUUCUUGGAAUGCUAUGAUUGCAGGGUAUGUUGAGAGUGGGAGAAUGGAUGAGGCAAGAGCCUUGUUUGAGAAAAUGGAAUUUAGGAAUGUGGUUACUUGGACUAGCAUGAUAUCUGGUUAUUGCCGUGAGGGGGAUGUGGAGGAGGCUUAUUGUUUGUUCCGGGCUAUGCCCGAGAGAAAUGUUGUUUCUUGGACUGCUUUGAUUGGUGGGUUUGCUUGGAAUGGGUUUUAUGGAGAGGCAUUGUUGCUUUUUCUUGAGAUGGUGAGAGUUUCUGAUGCGAAACCCAAUGGCGAGACCUUUGUUUCACUUGUUUAUGCUUGUGGUGGUUUGGGUUUUUCUUGGCUUGGUAAGCAGGUGCAUGCUCAGGUGAUUGUUAACAGCUGGGGGGUUGAUGAUUAUGAUGGUAGGUUGCGUAGAGGUCUUGUUAGGAUGUACUCUGGGUUUGGUCUUAUGGACUCUGCGCGCAAUGUGCUUGAAGGUAAUCUGAAAGACUGUGAUGAUCAGUGUUUCAAUUCCAUGAUAGAUGGUUAUGUUAGAGCCGGUCAGCUGGAAAGAGCUCAAGAGUUGUUUGACAUGGUACCUGUUAGGAGGAACAAGGUUGCGUCGACUUGCAUGAUUGCUGGCUAUCUUAGUGCUGGGCAAGUAUUGAAUGCUUGGAAUUUGUUUAAGAUGUCUGAUAGGGAUUCCAUUGCGUGGACUACGAUGAUUUACGGGUACGUGCAGAAUGAGCUCAUUGCUGAAGCGAUCUGCUUAUUUGCUGAGAUGAUGGCUCAUGGUGCUUCUCCUUUGAAUUCUACAUAUGCUGUUAUAUUCGGAGCCAUGGGUUCAAUUGCAUAUCUUGAUCAGGGCCGGCAAUUACAUGGUAUGCAGUUGAAGACAGUGUAUGAAUAUGAUUUGAUUCUUGAGAACUCUCUAAUUGCAAUGUAUGCAAAAUGUGGGGAGAUAGACGAUGCAUAUAGGAUAUUCUCUAAGAUGACUUACCGGGACAACAUUUCUUGGAACACCAUGAUCAUGUGCCUUUCAGAUCAUGGGAGAGCCAGUGAAGCUUUAAAAGUGUAUGAAAAUAUGCUUGAAUUUGGAAUUUACCCGGAUAGCCUUACUUUCCUGGGUGUCCUGACAGCAUGUGCUCAUGCGGGUCUUGUUGAUAAAGGGUGGGAGUUAUUUAUUGCCAUGGUUGAUACUUAUGAUAUUCAACCUGGCUUGGAGCAUUAUAUUAGUAUUAUCAAUCUUCUGGGUCGAGCAGGAAAGGUGAAAGAUGCAGAGGAGUUUGUCUUGAGGCUACCUGUUGAACCAAAUCAUGCCAUUUGGGGGGCACUAAUUGGAGUGUGUGGAUUGAGUAAAACUGAUGCAGAUGUUGCUAGGCGUGCAGCCAAACGACUAUUUGAGUUGGAUCCUUUAAAUGCACCCGGCCAUGUGACCCUCUGUAACAUAUAUGCCGCAAAUGAUAGGAACAUAGAGGAGACAUGUUUAAGAAAAGAAAUGAGGAUGAAAGGUGUGAGGAAGGCACCUGGAUGUAGUUGGAUAUUGGUGAAGGGGACAGUUCAUGUUUUCUCAUCUGAUGAUAAAUUACUUCUGACAGUCUAAGUUAAUGAAGAAAAUUAGGCAUGAAGACUUGUUAAUUGUUAUUUAGUUCUGGUGCAUUUGGUAAAAGAAUUAGGCUAUCAUUGCGUUAGAAUUGGGUAUAUAGAGUAUAAACUAUAUUCCACUUAGUAUUGUAAUCUUUAUGGCCAACAUUACAUUAUUGUCAUCGAUAAUCUUCUAUGUAGACCUCUGCUAGCGGUCUCAGCAUGUCAUUUUGGUAAUAUUGAGAAUGUCUUUCUGUCCUAUUGUUUUUAUGUACAAAAAGUACAAAUAAAAUAAGAGUAUUUGUCA